UUCACCACUGUUGUCUUUUCUCUCCCAACAGACGGACUUUGAGAAAGACGUUGACAUCGCCUGUCGAUCAGCUCUCCACAAAGACAUGGGCUCUUGCCGCGCGGCGACCAUCACCGGCACCCUAUCCCGCAUCUCUCUGAAUGAUGAGGAGGAUGAGAAGGGUCCCGAGGGGCUCAACUACUCCACCUUACCUGGCAACAUCAUCUCCAAGGUGAUGAUCCAGCAGCCCGGCAUGCACAUGGGCCCCAUGGGGGACAUGGGUGAGGGCUGCCUGGGCGAUAGCGUGUCCGACAUGCGCCGCACCGUCUACCUGUGCACCGAUGAUGCUCUCCGUCAGUCCGACCAGGAUAUGGGCGGGCACGGGCAUGGCGGGAUGGGCAGUGGCCACGACAUGGGCAGCAUGGGCGGUAUGGGUGGUAUGGGCGGACAUUCACCCCAAGGCCAGAUGAUGGAGACAGACUACAUCGUGAUGCCACGAGCUUCGGCGGCGGCAGCAGGAUCUGGGAACUGUAACACACUUCCCACUCUCCUGAAGGACGAUAGCUCCACCAAGAUGAACAUGGGCCUGGGCAUGGGAGAUACGCUGCCCCAUGAUAGGAUGAUGCAACACUACAAGAUGGCACCGGACUUCAACAUGAGCCCGACGGGGAUGGGCGGGAUUGGGGUCAUGGAGCACAUGAACAUGGGGGUGAACAUGGAUCAGAACCUACAGCAGCAGUAUGGGUCAGGAGGAGGACAGGAACACAUGCAGCAGAACCUGCCCUUUGAACCCCGAACAGCUGUCAAGAACUUCCUGGCUGAGAUGGAAGAGACUGGAGGGCUGUCGAGGAGCGAGACGGGAUCCACCAUAUCCAUGAGCUCCUUAGAGAGAAGAAAAUCGCGCUACCAAGAUCUGGACUUUGAAAAAGUCAUGCACACCAGGAAAAGACACAUGGAGCUGUUCCAAGAACUGAAUCAGAAAUUUCAAACCCUGGAUCGAUUUCAAGACAUACCAAAUAUGGGCAGCAUGGACAAGGCCAUGGCCAACAAGAACCCCUGGGAGAGCUACAACCCAGCCUGUGAGUACCAGAACUACGCCAGUAUGAAUGCACUAGACCCUGACCCCAAGGACUCUCUGGAGAUGACCGCAGCAGAGUGGGAGAAGUGUGUCAAUCUCCCCUUAGACGUCCAGGAAGGAGACUUCCAGACAGAGGUCUGAUCUGAUCUGAUCUAAACAAACCAGGAAAUGAGUCCAAAAUGGCACCCUUUUCCCAAUGAAGUGCACUACUUAUGACCAGGUCCUAUAGGCCUCUUUUUCACCAGUACCCAAAGGGCUCUUUUGAACAGGACUCAUAGGGCUCUGGUCAAAAGUAGUGCACUAUAUAGGGAAUAGGGUGACAUUUUGGAUGCACUCCAGAAAGGAGACUUCCAGGAAGUAAAAACCAGGAAGAGGAAAACCAGGAGGAAAAUGAUAACCAGGACAUGGAGGAAAGGGGAAAGGAUGUAUUUUGCACUGAAAAAAUGGACAGACUGUCCUAACAGCCUUGGCCUAGUACAUAUCUGGAUUCUAAAGGAGGAUGACAAGGACAUGAUGUGCCAAUACCAUUUAAGAGGAAAACACAGAGGACAGGAGGAAAAAAUACAACAAAAAAUACAACAAAAAUCAUCAGUGUUACUUUUUGUAUUCUCACUAGUGUACUUAGUGCAGCGGGCCAGCCAGGUGGGUGUACAAUAUUUACCAUCAUGUGUUUCAGAGUACCCAUGGUAAGAAGAAUUGGUUUCAAAAAGGUGAACAUCUUUCUAGAUGAAUAAACCUCAAAAGCUAAAUGAAGACAUAAUACAAUGUCAAUCCCAGCUUCGUUGGGUCCAGUUUUAUAUUUCACAAAACUGGACCCUGGAAGCACAAUGUAUAUAUUUAUGCAGGUUUUUAAAAAGUUUAUAACAAGUCUGUUUGGCCAUUACUAUACUUUUUACUUUAUAAUAUAAAAAUAUAUAUGAGCGAGAGUGUCAGGCAAAGAGGACUUUUCUGUCAUAUAAAAAUGAAUGUUUGUCAAAGCUACAUUCUUCAUUGCUUUAAAUGCAAUAAAGGUAAUACUCACUUUUAUAUGAAUAAUAUAUUUCACAAACUUUAAUACUGCAGAAUCUUGCUUGAAGAAUCUCGGCUAAAACUCUCUCAUCUGCAGCCCUGUAUAAAAUAUUUAAAAAUGAAAAAUGUUGUAUGGUGUAAAUAAACUUUUGUCUACAUAUGUUUUACUUGUGCCAAUUUAUUUUAAUGCCAACUUGAUCAAGCGUUAUAGCGUUAUAAAAUGUUAACAUUUGAACAAGGAAUGUAAAUAAAAGAGGAAAUAUGUUCGUACUG